AUGUUGCGUCGCAAACCCACCGCUAUAGCUAUAACCUCCGAAGACCUUGCGACUUUUGAACAAUCACGGCUCCGACAGCUCUCCAAAGAAACUCGUACCGAAGGCCAUGCCAGCACUAGCUCCAAUGUCAAUCUUGACCCCAGCGAUGAGCUCAAGCCAUUGCCAGGGGACAAGGCGAGAAUAGUCCGCUCGCGUGAAGAGCGCAUCGGCAUCAAUCGACGCAAUUAA